UUCCUUGAUUAAUUAAUAAGACAAUUACAAAUAUAUAUAUAUAGAGAGAGCUCCUUUUUCUCAUCACUUGUUUUCUUUCAUCAACAAAGUCACAUUCCCAUAAACCAUAUAUGGCUGAAGAAACAGGCACCAGCGGAUGCGAAAGCGCGACAAUAUCGGUCUCAAAUACACACGACAAAUGCAGUGCUAAAGAUAAUGCUGAUCAUGUUACUACAAGUUAUAAAAGAAGAAGAGUUGUUGUUUCUAAAGAUGAAGAUCAUCAUGAGAAUACAUUAAAGGUUUCCAAACAUAAAUUUGAAAUGAAUUCCCACGAAAAUCCAACAAGUACUUCUCAUGAUCAUGUAAUUUCGUCGUGUUUAUGCUCGGCUAAUAAACAUGAUUCCAUUCCAGAUCUUAUAAUCAAGGCUAAGUGUAUACCCAAAAGCGGAAUUUUCAUUUCACUUAACAAAAGUUUCAGAGACGUGUCUAGAACAAGUAGUACUAUGAGAUGUUUGGAAUCAGAAGAAAUGGCGGACGCAACGAAUGAGGCGGCCACUUCAUGCCGGAAACCUUCACCAGUUGUAGUGGCAAAAAUGCCGUCUGCCGAAGAGCUUGAGGAGUUUUUUGCCAAAGCGGAAAAAUAUGAGCAAAAACGUUUUGCAGAUAAGUACAACUUUGAUAUUGUGAAAGAUGUCCCGAUAGAAGGAAGGUACCAAUGGAUAAAGUUGAAGCCAUAACUAUUUGAAAUGAUGGCCUAAAAAGUGAUUGGAGAAAUGAAGACAUCUUAUUUAGGUUGUUUCUAGUUUGUCACUUACCAUGCCACUACUAUACUAAUUAAUUGGUAAUUUUAUUUAUAAUUUAGAUUAAUGAUAAAUGUGAUUAAUCUGGUUCGUUUAAAUGUAUUUUUAAAAAUUUGAUGCUAGUUAAUUAGCACCAGAUUUUUAAAAACUUAUUUACGUUUAUUAUAUUAAACACAUGUGUCUCUACUCUUGUGAUUUCUAUGGAACUAUUUGUAACUUUUUAA